UUUCUGUUUCCCCUUUUUGCAGUCGUGCAUGCGAGUGUCGUGUUGAAUGAGAGAUAAGCUUGACUUCUGUUCUUCCUCCCAAUGUUAUGAAAUAAUAUCUGAACACGGAGCUGCAGGUGAAGCUGACAUCGUGAGGCUCAGACGACAGACAGACAGAUCAUCGUUUCAUGAGCUUGUUUCUGGUUCUAGUCUCUGAGUUGUCUCCAUCAUGGAGGCGACAGGGAAAUAUGACUUCAGCGCCACAGCAGAGGACGAGCUGAGCUUCAGGAAGGGAGAUACAAUCAAGAUUUUAGGCACCAAUGAUGACUGGUUCAGAGCAGAAAUAAAUGGCAUGGAGGGAUUCGUUCCUCGGAAUUACAUCAGCAUCCACUUCCCAAGCUGGUAUCAGGAGAACACCAGCCGUCAGUCAGCACAGGAAGAACUGAUGUAUCAACCAAUCGGAUCCUUCCUCAUCCGAGGCUCCCAGAGUUCACCGGGAGAAUUCUCCAUUUCAGUCAGACAUGAGAACGACGUGCAGCACUUUAAAGUGAUGAGAGACCGGCACGGUCAGUAUUAUCUGUGGAGCGAGACCUUCAGCUCCCUCAACAGACUGGUGGAGUUCUACACACACAACUCCAUCUCCAAACAGAGCCGCGUCUUCCUGCUCACAGAGCAGCGGAAUCCACCUGAUUUCCCGCACAGGAAGUCUGCUGAACCGCCGCCCAUCUCUCAGGAAAGACACAAUUACAAAUCACCAGCACCAGCCUUUCCUCGCCCACCCGAUCCCUUACCUCCACCCCCACCACAGGCGUCUGCGCUGCAGGUUCGGGCCAUGUAUGACUUCAGUGCGCAGGAUGCAGAUGAGCUGAACUUUCACGCUGGAGAUGUUAUUGAGGUUUUAGAUCAGUCUGAUCGUUUCUGGUGGAAAGGUGUUCUGCGCGGGAGAACCGGACUCUUCCCCGUCAACUACACCAAUCCUGUCUGAGGAGCCGUGACAGACAUUUGGCUCAAAAUCCAUUUCACCUAUAAUAAUGAUUUAUGAAUACAUUUAUAUUACAGUUUUUUUCAACUGCUUACACACGAAAUCUUUACUUGUCACACAAUUUCGGAAAGCUGACACUCAAAAACCAGAAGCACACACCAAAUCUACAAAACUAUUCACUAAUUUGACUUUGACUCAAUAUUUGUUAUUAUGGCAAAGGUGUUUGCAAAUGUUUGCUUUUGAGAUGUGUUUGUGAUUUUUGAAAGCAGUGCUUUAUUUUGCAAGAGAUGUGAGGCAUUUUGUAUUUUGUGUGUGCAAUUUUUAGAUUUGUGUGUAAAGUUUUGAAAAAAAGACGCAAAGCUUUGAAAAUGUGUGCAAGCAGCUGAAAAAUCUGUAACAGUUCUGAAAUUAAGAAACACAUUUUCACCUUGUCAUGUGUACAGAACACACACACACACACACACACACACACACACACACCUGUGAAGCAUUGCUCUUCCUAUUGGCACAGAGGUUUGGAAAAAAGGUGUGCUUAGUUUGAGUCCUUUUACAAACAAGUUUAUGAAUCUUUCAGAAUUGUUAUGAUCCUCUGCAUUUGGACUGUAUGAAAUGUUCCUGAGAUUUGAUCUUAAUCUAAUAUUAAAUAAAUACAUCCAUAUAUAUUAACACA